CGUCACGAUGAAUACCCCAUGCCCCUGCCUUCUGCCCCCACUCCCCUUAACAGACCCUUCCUGCCAGACGAUGGAAUCAUGGAGCUCUUCUGGCAAAACGGCCCCGUCGCUUUGCCCAGCUUAAACCAUCGGACUCUUAGAAAACCUCCGCCGCCCAAGCCGUCCGGAGAUGUGACUGCUUCCGGGCCGUCUACGGCGACGGAGAUUGAGAUUGGACCCUCACCCCAAGCGGAAAACUACAGCAACCAACAUCUGUUCGUGCAAGAAGACGAAAUGGCUUCCUGGCUUCACUGCCCCAUCGUCGACGAUUCUCCCCUGGAUCACAAUUUCAGUGCGGACCUCCUCUACUCGCCACACACCGCCGUCAACAACAGUGCCACCAUGCAAACCAAUGUCAGAGCACCUCAGGUGACGGAGUUCGGGCAGCCUUCGACGUCAUUAGCUACUCCUACGCCCCCUAUACCUCCGACAUGGGGGCCACAGGCUAAGAUGCAAGAAUCCGAGCACUUCUCGAAACACAAUGCGAGAGUUGAAUCAGGGCCAUCGAGGUCAAGGACCGCGGCUAGGGAAUCGACGGUGGUGGAUUCAUGCGACACUCUUGCAGUCGUGGCGACUCCCAGAGUCUCGGACGCCGUGAGAAGCACGGCGGAGCCAACCAAAGGAGCCGCCUGUCGAGGGAGCAUGAGUACUACAGGGAUUGCAGGGCCUUCGACUACGACAGCCGGUGGAGGAACGGAGGUGAUGGCGUGUGAGAUGACGGCAACUUCGUCGCCCGGAGGGUCAACUAGGAGUGCAGAACUGUCUGACAGGUCGCCGGCGGAGGAUCGGAAGCGGAAGGGGCGGGAAGCCGAUGACUCAGAGUGUCACAUCGAGGAUUUGGAUUACGAAUCUGCGGAGGCAAGAAAACAAGCUCGCGGAUCGAAAUCAACGAAGAGAUCCCGUGCUGCGGAGGUCCAUAAUCUAUCGGAGAGGAGACGUCGAGAUAGGAUUAAGGAAAAGAUGAGAGCUUUACAAGAACUUAUUCCUCGGUGCAAUAAGUCUGACAAAGCUUCAAUGCUGGAUGAAGCAAUUGAAUACUUGAAGUCAUUGCAGUUACAAGUUCAGGUAGCUUCAUCUAUGAUGUCCAUGGGAUAUGGAAUGUUACCCAUGAUGUACCCAGGAAUGCAGCAGUACAUGCCAGCAAUGGGAAUGGGCAUGGUGGGCAUGGAAAUGGGAAUGAACAGACCAGUGAUGCCGUUUACUAAUAUCGCGGCCGCCACCGCAGUUCCCGCUUAUAUGGGACCAAGGUCCUUUUCUGUGCCUCCUCCUUUCCAUGUUGCUGCACCUGAUUUAUCCAGCAUGCAAGCAGCAAACAAGCCAGAUAACAUGCUUCCCUCGCUGACUUCAUCUGAUCCUAUUCACUCACGGAUCCCAAACCUCACUCAAGCUUAUCACCAAUACCUUGGUCCCCACCAGAUUCAGUGCCAUUUAAUGCAGAAUCAGACAAUGAUGCAACAAGAUAUCGGCAAGCCAGGUACCAGUAGGGCCCGUGAGAAUCCAGAAAAUCAUCAGCCAGAAAAUGGAUGAUUUUCUCAUGGUUCCAUUCAAGAGCUGAUCAAACCUUGCUGAUACCAGCAGCUCUAAUAUUGUAAGUACUGAAUGACUUACAUAGCGUGAAAUAAAAAUGACCGCCAUUAACUAUGAUCUUGUGAAAUUGUAGGUCUUAUUUUCAAUCACAGCUGCCAAGUUUUGCGUUCGAGGACAAAAUGUUUACCAGUUCUCAGUAGCAAGCUGAUCGACAUGUAAGCACACCGGGCUAGCAAAAAUAGGCUAUUUUUUUACCCUCUCCUAAUCCCUCAUUAAAUUUUCAUGCUCUGUUCUUUGGCUUCUAGAGGGGGAACCAGGUAGAUGGAUGCAUUGCCCUGUCGCGGAAAUGCAGGCUCUUCUCUGCAGCGUGAUCUCAACAUUCUUAUAUUUGUUCCAGAUUAUUGUUUCAAGCAACAAUUCCCACAAUUUGUCCGGUCAUUGAACUGGGGGAAUUAUAAAUGAAAAUCUUCAACCAAAUAAUAGUAUAAUACUAUUUUUCAUGACUCAA